AUGAUCCCCUGUGCCAACAUGGUUGGAUUCGCCGGCCAGGAGCUUUCUCGCAAAGUGAGCCACGUCUUUGGCGUGCUGAUUGAGACGACCUUUGGUUCUAUUGUCGAAAUCAUCCUCUUCAUGGUACUACUCGCUGGAGACCAGUUUACCGUCAUCAAGGCUGCCAUUCUCGGAUCCAUCUUGGCAACUAUGCUUCUAUGCCUGGGACUGUGCUUCAUUGCGGGUGGCAUGCGACGAGACGAGGCCGAGUUCAGUGAAGUCGUCAGUGAAGCCGGUAGCGGCUUGCUGCUGACAGCAGGUGUCGCCCUAGCCAUCCCGACCCUGUUCGCCAACUCGCUCGAAAACCAGCUUACCGCCGAGGAACUGGGCAGCAAGACCCGCCACAUCUCACGCAUCGUAUCCUGCCUCCUCGUCAUUGCCUACGCCGUCUACGUCUACUUCCAGGCCCGAACCCACCACGGAAUCUACGACGCCAUCUUUGAGCACGACGAGCAGCGAGACCACGACAAGCGCAAGGACAUCAACAAGCCCAAGCUGACGCUGACCGAGUGCCUCGUCGCCCUCGUCAUCGCAAUCACCCUCGUCACCUUCAUGGCCAUCUACCUCGUCGAGCAGAUCGCCCCCAUCGUCGAGCGGCACAACAUCUCGGACCCCUUUAUGGGUCUCAUCCUCGUGCCCCUCGUCGAGAAGGCCGCCGAGCACCUGACGGCCGUCGACGAGGCGUGGGAUAACCAGAUGAACUUUGCCCUCUCUCAUGUCCUUGGCGCCACGCUGCAGACGGCGCUCUUCAACGCGCCGCUCGUCGUCAUCGUCGCGUGGGGCCUGCACAAGCACAUGGACCUUGUCUUUGAGGUGUUUGAUAUCGGCAUGCUCAUCCUCGCCAUCUUGACUGUCGGGAACUUCUUGAGGGAUCAGAAGAGCAAUUACCUCGAGGGUUUCUUGAGCGUGACGAUUUACGUUGCCAUUGCCGUGGCUGCGUUUUACUACCCGAACCCACCUGGCCACGGUGGUGCUGCCGAGGGUGGAAGUGCAGAAGGGGGCCAUUGA